UUUAUAGUAGAAUAUAUUACCGUAGUCAUUUGGAAAUCCACACAUAUCCAGAAUAAAUAGUGAUGACUAGUAUCAAUGGAUUGAAAAAUAUAAAUACAGAAAUUACAAGCCAGAAAAUCAAGGAUAGUCAAGAUGAACAGAUACAGGCACACGGAUUCGAAAGAAAUAUCGCUGGUACGAUCACUACGAUCAUUGCUUGUAUUCUGACAUGCGGUACGCUUAGAUUAUUCUUCCAUUGGUAUCCCCAUCUUUAUUUAUACGCAACACAUAAGAAAUGCGACUUAAGACGAGCCACAAAAAUCCUGAUAGUGGAUGAUUAUCAAGGCAAAUACAAGACCUACUUUGUUAAGAAAAUCAAUCUCGUGUCAACGCGAAAUUUAAGUUUAGAGUCGCAGUCUCGCUACUUAAAUAAUAUAGAUAAGGAUUUGCUAAAUAGAAUCAAGAACAAGAAUUUAGAAUUAAACUUGGAAAAUGGUACGAAGUGCAAAAUACAAGAAUAUAAAGUUUUUUGGUGUAAAAAGCAAUGUUAUGUAUGGGAUGAAAAAACAAAUGAAUUUUCAAAAUUGACUAGUCCUGAUAAAUAUGCCCUUUGCUCAGAUCUUCAUACGGAAAAAGUUAAAGGAUUGUCGAUUGAAGAGCAAUUAUUACGACGACUCGUGUACGGACAUAACAAGAUUAUAGUACCAGUACAAGGAAUUCAAUUAUUAUUUAUUCUUGAGAUCUUGAAUCCUUUUUACGUUUUUCAAGUUUUCAGUUUGAUUGUUUGGUUUAACGAAGGCUAUUUUUAUUACGCCAUUGCUGUAAUGUGUAUGUCGGCUUUUGGCAUUGUAACAUCUAUACGACAAAUGCGAACAAACCAGAAGAAUCUCCGGAAUACGGUCGCAUCCACGGAAACUGUGCGAGUACUACGCAACACAGGAGAAUACGAAAGCAUCUCCAGCGAUGAACUUGUUCCCGGUGAUAUUAUUGAAUUACCCAAGCACCGAGCGAUCGUUACCUGCGAUGCAAUUUUACUUGCCGGAACGUGCAUUGUCAACGAGUCAAUACUCACCGGAGAAUCUGUUCCAAUAACCAAGACACCUCUACAAUCUCAGAAUAUUUUAUAUGAUUCGAAAGAACAUUCUCAUCAUACUUUAUUUUGCGGGGCUACGAUAAUUCAAACCAAACAAUAUGGUAAUAAACCGGUGCUCGCGAAAGUCAUCAGAACUGGAUUGUGGACCAAUAAGGGAUCAUUAAUAUCAGCUAUUUUAUAUCCACCGCCGACCGAUUUUAAAUUCGAUCAAGAUUCAUAUACAUUGAUUGCAAUUCUAAUUGGUGUUGCAUUUUGUGGAUUUUUUUACACUUUAAUAAUAAUGAUUGCAAGAGGAAAUACAGCGACCAAUAUCGCUAUAAAAACCUUGACGGUAUUUACAAUUGUUGUUCCCCCAGCUUUACCUUCUGUUAUGGCUGUCGGAAAAAUGUAUGCUUUAUUUCGAUUGAAAAACAGGCAGAUUUAUUGCAUCAAUACGCGAGCAAUAAUUAUUUCUGGCAGUAUUGACUGUGUUUGUUUUGAUAAGACUGGAACUUUGACAGAAGAUGGUUUAGAUCUUAUGGGUGUUGUGGUAUAUGAAGAUAAUAAAUUGAACGAACUUGAAAUGAAUGUUAAAAAAUUAGAUGCUACGCAAAUAUUUCAGGGAAUGUUAGUAUGUCAUAGUCUAACGGUGAUUGAUGAUGAUUUAAGCGGAGAUCCCUUGGAUGUUAAGGUAUUCGAAAGUACUGGUUGGGUAUUGGAUGAAACGGAGCUCACUGACCCGACGAGGCUUCAUUCCCUACAGCCAUUGACUACCGUCAAGCCACCGUUUGAUGCCAAUCUUCUUAACGAAAAAAUGGAGAUAUUUCAGCAGUAUCAGUUCUCGAGCAAAUUGCAAAGAAUGUCAGUCAUCGCCAAGUCAUCGCUCGUAGGAAAAUUCGUCGCCUUUACCAAGGGUUCGCCAGAGAUGAUUUUGAGCUUAAGUACACCGCAGAGUAUACCGAACGACGUUAUGAUCACGCUUAGGUACUUUACAGAGCAAGGAUACAGAGUUAUAGCCAUGGCCUGUAAGGACAUAGACGUUGCCGAUGAUCAGGUGCAAAAAGUGCCGAGAGACGAAGUAGAAAAAGAUUUAGAAUUUCUCGGCUUAAUCGUCCUUGAAAACAGAUUAAAGAAACCAACGACCAAAGUUAUAAACAAUCUUAGGGAUGCUAAUAUUAAAACAGUUAUGAUUACCGGUGAUAAUAUUCAGACCGCUAUCAGUGUUGCCAAAGAGUGCGGAAUUUUGUCAUCCGAAGAGACCGUAAUAAGCGUAUCCGUUUCUCCAGCGAGAGAUAAAAAUCAGCUCGAGAUAUACUUCAAUGUACAAGGAAUUCCACAAUUGGAUAAGAAGUUCAAGUCAAUAACGUUGGAAGAGCUGGAGCUCGGAAAUUAUGCACAAAAUUAUAAAUUUGCUUUGACGGGUGACACUUGGCAAUUGUUGCGAAAAUAUUACGCAGACAUUCUGCCAAGGAUUUGCACCAGAGGAGCAGUCUUCGCGAGAAUGAGCAGCGAUCAAAAACAACAGCUGGUAAUGGAAUUAAUUCAAUUGGGUUAUUACGUUGCAAUGUGCGGUGAUGGUGCAAACGACUGUGGAGCAUUAAGAGCAGCUCAUGUUGGAAUUUCCCUUUCCGAGGCAGAAUCGAGCGUUGCCAGUCCAUUUACCUCGCGAAAUCCCGACAUCACUUGCGUGCCAACACUCGUACAACAAGGUCGCGCGGCUCUCGUCACCUCCUUCGGUAUCUUUAAAUUUACGGUCUGCUACUCGCUUACGGAAUUUAUCAGCACGAUAAUUCUCUACUCCAUCGGCUCUAAUUUUACGGGAAUGCAAUUCUUCUACGUGGAUGUGCUUCUAUUUGUCAAUUUCGCUUCUUUCUUCGGCAAGACCGAGGCUUACGAUAAAUGUUUGACAAAGGGACCACCAACAUCGAGCCUUGUCAGUUUCACUCCGAUGUUUUCACUCACCGUUCAUACCAUAAUAAUAGCCAUUUUUGAAAUUAUUGUUUUUUAUAUAGUGCAGCAAUUAAAUUGGUUUACGCCUUUUAUUGCCAAGAAUGAAUUCCUCUACGACUGCUACGAGAACUAUUCAGUAUUUUGCUUAUCCACUUUCCAGUAUGCCAUGAUAGCUAUAAUUUUCUCGCAGGGUAAACCUUACAGAAAGCCCAUUUACACAAAUAAAUGCUUAAUUUUGUCAAUAAUUGUACUGUCAAUUGCCAAUAUUUAUAUAACUUUAUAUCCAGCUCAAUGGAUUAUAAACUUACUUGAGCUAAAGAUGCCACCCGUUUAUAAUUGGAGAUUCGUUAUUAUUGCUCUUGCACUGAUCAAUUUCUUGGUAUGUCUUGCAUUUGAAUCUUUUGUGAUAGAAUAUAUUAUUCAGAGAAAGAUUAAACCCAGAUUGUACAAACCUGAAAAAUCGAAAAAAGCAUUUUUACUCGUAGAGUAUGAUUUAAAAUGCAAUCCAAACUGGCCACCAAUUAGCAUGGAUAUUCCAAAUUUACCAGUUACAGCGAGCUACGAGAACAUCAUAAAUUCAGCCCAAAAAGCAAAUCUCAAUAUCGCGAAUGAAAAUAAACACAAUAUGCAAAUGAACUAUGUUUGCGCAAAAAAUGGGGUUGACAAUUUAGGGUUUAAGAACGAUUCAACUGACAAUGAAAUUGAUAAAAUGUGAUAUUUUAAAAAGUACUUUGUUGCAAAAGAACUUCCGAUUGCAGUAACCAAUACAGUAGUUACAUUAAAUUUAUUAAUUGCUAAUAUUAAAUGUUAAAUACAUAUAGAUCAUUACGUCAAUGUAUUAUCUUAAAGACUUGCGUA